CCGGUGCAUUGUGGAGGAUGAGUCAGGGGUGGGGGACCCAGACUCUGGCAGACCGGGCGAGAGCUCUAGGUCAGCGCUCAAGGCAGCGGCGACCGGAGCGGUUCGGAGAUGCAGGCGGCGAGGAUGGCCCCCAGCGUGGGGCGGCAGCUGCUAAGGUUGGGGGGCGGAAACUCGCGGCCCAGCGCGCUCCUGGGGCAGCCCCGGCCCGGCCCUGCCCGGCGACACUAUGCCAGUGGGGCCGCUCAGGCUGCUCUGGACAAGGCAGAUUCCCUCUCCUCUGAGGCUUUGACCAGGGGAAAACAGGCCAAGGCGGAAUCUAAGUCCUUUGCUGUGGGGAUGUUCAAGGGUCAGCUCACCACAGACCAGGUGUUUCCAUACCCCUCUGUGCUCAACGAGGAGCAGACACAGUUUCUCAAAGAGCUGGUGGGACCUGUGUCCCGUUUCUUCCAGGAUGUGAAUGAUCCUGCCAAGAAUGACAUGCUGGAGCGGGUGGAGGAGACCACUAUGCAGGGCCUCAAAGAGCUGGGGGCAUUUGGUCUACAGGUGCCCAGUGAGCUGGGCGGUGUGGGCCUCUGCAACACCCAGUACGCCCGCUUGGUGGAGAUCGUGGGCAUGCACGACCUUGGCGUGGGCAUCACUCUGGGCGCCCAUCAGAGCAUCGGUUUCAAAGGCAUCCUGCUCUUUGGCACGAAGGCCCAGAAAGAAAAAUACCUCCCCAAACUGGCAUCUGGAGAGACUAUAGCCGCUUUCUGUCUAACUGAGCCCUCCAGUGGGUCUGAUGCAGCCUCCAUCCGAAGCUCAGCUGUGCCCAGCCCCUGUGGAAAAUAUUAUACCCUCAAUGGAAGCAAGAUUUGGAUCAGUAACGGGGGCCUAGCAGACAUCUUCACAGUCUUUGCCAAGACACCAGUUACAGAUGCAGCCACAGGGGCUGUGAAGGAGAAGAUAACAGCUUUUGUGGUGGAGAGGAGCUUUGGAGGUGUCACCCAUGGGCCCCCUGAGAAGAAGAUGGGCAUCAAGGCCUCAAACACAGCAGAGGUGUACUUUGAUGGAGUACAGGUGCCAUCAGAAAAUGUGCUGGGUGAGGUGGGGGGCGGCUUCAAGGUCGCCAUGCACAUUCUCAACAAUGGAAGGUUUGGCAUGGCUGCGGCCCUUGCAGGCACCAUGAAGGGCAUCAUUGCUAAAGCGGUGAGUACCCUGCCUGAGUCCCUAGCUAUUCUGAAUAUAAGUCACAUUGGCUCCCUUCCCAUGUGUCGCUGUUCCCUUGCAGGCACUCCCUCCACCAGAGACCCCUCCCCCACCAGCAGCUCCAGACCCGAUAGCUUAGGUUUCCAUCCAGCCUGGACUGAACUCUUGGCUGUGGCCAAAUCCCAUCCCUCCAAACCCAGCCCAGCCCCUUCCUGGGGAGAGGAGACUAGAGAACCAGAGUGGGACAUAUGUGCCCUCUUCCAGGUUGAUCAUGCUGCUAAUCGUACCCAGUUUGGGGAGAAAAUUCACAACUUUGGGAUGAUCCAGGAGAAGCUGGCCCGGAUGGCUAUGCUGCAAUAUGUGACUGAGUCCAUGGCUUACAUGGUGAGUGCCAACAUGGACCAGGGAUCCACGGACUUCCAGAUAGAGGCCGCCAUCAGCAAAAUCUUUGGCUCGGAGGCAGCCUGGCAGGUGACAGAUGAGUGCAUCCAAAUCAUGGGGGGCAUGGGCUUCAUGAAGGAGCCUGGGGUAGAGCGUGUGCUCCGAGAUCUUCGCAUCUUCCGGAUCUUUGAGGGGACGAACGACAUUCUCCGGCUGUUUGUAGCUCUGCAGGGCUGUAUGGACAAAGGAAAGGAACUCUCUAGACUUGGCAGUGCUCUAAAGAAUCCUUUUGGGAAUGCCGGCCUCCUGCUAGGAGAGGCAGGCAAACAGCUGAAGCGGCGCGCAGGGAUGGGCAGUGGCCUGAGUCUCAGUGGAGUUAUCCACCAGGAUUUGAAUCGGAGUGGUGAGCUGGCAGUGCAGGCUCUGGAGCAGUUUGCCACUGUGGUGGAGGCUAAGCUGAUAAAACACAAGAAGGAGAUUGUCAACGAACAGUUUCUGCUGCAGCGUCUGGCAGACAGUGCCAUUGACCUCUAUGCCAUGGUGGUGGUUCUGUCCAGGGCCUCAAGAUCCCUGAGUGAGGGCCACCCCACAGCCCAGCAUGAGAAAAUGCUCUGUGACAGCUGGUGUAUUGAGGCUGCAGCUCGGAUCCGGGAGAACAUGGCUGCUCUGCAGUCAGAUCCCCAGCAGCAGGAGCUUUUCCGUAACUUCAAAAGCAUCUCCAAGGCCUUGGUGGAACGGGGUGGCGUGGUCACCAGCAACCCUCUUGGCUUCUGAACACUCGCAGCCAGGGCCUGGCCCAGAAUGUGCCUUCUCUCAAGCCAAAGCCCAGGCCCCUUUCCUGCAGGCCCUGGUUCUGCCUUGAAGGGGCCCUCGUCCCAGGACAGUGCCUGGGAGGAAGCACUUAACUGCCUCGCAAAUAAAGUUUCUAACAAGUCAUGCUUUGCUACUGUGUCUCAGUCCUUUCCCUCUCUGCCUGCCUCCCUCCCAAAGAAAGGAGCCAGAGGCGGGGGGAGUUUGCCCCUAUUGCUUUAUUUGGUGUUUUAUACAAGUGACUAAAAUAAAUAGAGUAACAGAAGCAGCUACAUGGCCCCCAAAUACCAAAUACCCCAGCUCCUUUGACUGCU